AUGAUGGACUCUGAUGAAGACGAUAUCUAUCCGGAGCACGAUGGGUCGAAUGGCCAGAACCACCAGGGUGAGGUGAGGAUGGAGGAUGCCGACGACGGCGAAGAGGAGGGCGAGGAAGUCGAGGAGGAAGACGACGAUGAUGAUGUCGACUUUAUCAUCGACGUCAAGGAUGAACCUAAACCAGAGCCAGGCUCAGGACCCAGUUCUCAGACAAAGAGACUUCCUGGACUAGGACAAGCUGCCGCAGACAUACGAAAAUCAUCAUCAACACCAACUCCAGCAGUGAAAGCAGGCACGCCCACGGAUGUAAGAGGCGGAUCGCAGCCUCCCAAUGAUCGUCCCGGCACCGACUAUCCCGCUCGACAUACGUCCAAAAUCGAUCCGAACGGCAACCCUGUACAUCCAGCUACAGGCAAGCCCAUCAUGUCCACAGACUUCGAUGUGGACUUCCCUUCGGAAUCAUCCAAGCCCUGGCGCAAGCCCGGCGCAGAUAUAACAGACUAUUUCAACUACGGAUUUGACGAAUUCACUUGGGCAUCUUACUGCCUCAAACAGCAGCAGAUGCCCAAGGAAGUGAAAGAGAUUACACAACAAGCAGAACAGAUGAAAGCGUUUGUAGAAGGGAUCCCCGGAGGCGGCAUGCCAGGAAUGCCUGCCAUGCCAGGUGCACCGGCCGCAGAUAUGUCGCAAAUGGCGAUGCCCAACGAAGCACAAAUGCAGCAAAUGUUCGCGGCAAUGACGUCUCAGGGGCUGGAUCCAACGACCAUGGACCCUGCUCAGUUCAUGCAGUUCAUGGCAGGUGGCGGAGCGGGGAUGAUGGGAACACCACAGCCUCCCACGGGCCCUUCUGCGUCGUUUGCAGGUGGUGGGGGAGGUGGGGGAUUUGAUCAAGGCGGAGGCGGCGGCGGCGGUGGCUUUGGUGGCCGUGGAAGAGGAAAAGGUGGGAGGAGAAAUUGGUAG